AUGGCGUCGAGGAAUCGUACGCUUCUGUUCAGGAAGUACAGAAACUCUGUGAAGAGCGCCCGAGCUCCAUUGGCGUCAUCUUCAUCGUUAACAGCGACGGAGAUGAGUUCGUUGACGGGAACACGAUCCGUCGUAGGCCCUGUUAUCGAAAUGGCGAGCACAUCGUUAUUGAAUCCGAAUCGAUCCUACACUCCUGUUAGUACCGAGGAUCCUGGAAAUUCGAGUAAAGGUGCAAUAACAGUGGGAUUACCACCAGCAUGGGUUGAUGUCUCUGAGGAGAUCUCUGUGAACAUACAACGUGCAAGGACCAAAAUGUCAGAGUUGGGUAAGGCUCAUGCCAAGGCGUUAAUGCCGUCGUUUGGGGAUGGUAAGGAAGAUCAACACAAUAUUGAGUCUUUGACCCAUGAGAUCACUUUUCUUUUGAAGAAGUCUGAGAAGCAACUUCAGAGGCUUUCUUCAGCUGGUCCUUCCGAAGAUUCCAAUGUUAGGAAAAACGUUCAGAGGUCUCUUGCCACUGAUCUCCAACUUCUUUCCAUGGAGCUUCGCAAGAAACAGUCAAUGUAUUUAAAACGACUGAGACUACAAAAAGAGGAUGGGGUGGAUUUAGAGAUGGAUUUGAGCAGAAACAGAUAUAGACCUGACGAAGAUGACUUUGGCGAUAUGUUAAACGAUCAUCAGAUGGCCAAGAUUAAAAAGGGCGAGGAAUUAUCAGUAGAGAGGGAGAAAGAGAUACAGCAGGUAGUAGAAUCAGUAAAUGAUCUUGCUCAAAUCAUGAAGGAUCUUUCUGCACUUGUGAUUGAUCAGGGUACAAUAGUUGAUCGGAUAGACUAUAAUAUCGAAAACGUCGCUACUACUGUUGAAGAUGGCUUCAAACAACUGCAGAAGGCUGAGCGAAGGCAAAGACAAGGAGGGAUGGUGAUGUGCGCGUCCGUGCUAGUCAUCCUCUGUCUCAUCAUGCUGCUACUCUUAAUCCUUAAAGAAAUAUUCUUGUAA